AUGGGUUCUUACGCAGGGAACGAUAGCACUGGCAAUGCCCUGGAUAUCACUGUCCUGGGGUUGAACAGCGGAACGUCUAUGGACGGUAUUGACUGCGCCCUUUGCCGCUUCCGCCAGGAGACCCCAGAGUCCCCAAUGCACUUCGAACUCCUCAAGUAUGGCGAAAUUCCGCUUGAGCCCGUGAUCAAGAAGCGGGUGAUGAACAUGAUCCUGCAUAAUAAGACCUCUCCGUCUGAGCUGUCCGAAGUCAAUGUGAUCCUGGGCGAGACCUUCGCCUCCGCCGUGCACAAGUUCUGCGAGGACUACAAGGUAGACAUUAACUCGAUCGACGUACUCGGAUCCCAUGGCCAAACAAUUUGGCUCCUCUCCAUGCCAGAGGCCGGCGAGACCCGCAGCGCUCUGACGAUGGCCGAGGGCACAUUCUUAGCCUCGCGCACAGGCAUCACCUCGGUUACAGAUUUCCGCGUUAGUGACCAGGCUGCUGGUCGCCAGGGUGCGCCCCUCAUUGCCUUCUUCGACGCACUGGUGCUGCACCACCCCACCAAGCUCCGCGCAUGCCAGAACAUUGGUGGUAUCGCCAACGUCUGCUUCGUCCUGCCGGAUAGCCACGGCGGUGUUGACGAGUGCUACGAUUUCGACACCGGUCCUGGAAACGUUUUCAUCGAUGCCGUUGUCCGCCACUACACCAAGGGUGAGCGCGAAUAUGACGAGGAUGGAGUGAUGGGAGCCCGCGGUACUGUCAACCAGGAGCUUGUCGACGAAUUCCUCACUCACUCCUACUUCGCCCUUGAGCCACCCAAGACGACCGGCCGCGAAGUCUUCCGCGACACUCUUGCCCACGAUCUCAUCGUCAAGGCCGAGGCAAAGGGCCUCAAGCCCGACGAUGUUGUCGCCACCAUUACCCGCGUAACCGCUCAGGCUAUUGUCGACCACUAUCGCCGCUAUGCGCCUAAGGGCCUCGAGAUCGAGGAGAUCUUCAUGUGCGGCGGUGGUGCCUACAACCCCAACAUCACGGCUUUCAUUCAGAAGAACUACCCCAACACCCGAAUCAUGAUGCUCGACGAGGCUGGUAUCCCUGGUGGCGCCAAGGAGGCGAUUACAUUUGCUUGGCAGGGUAUGGAGGCUGUGGUUGGUCGAUCUAUCCCAGUCCCCACUCGCGUUGAGACUCGCCAAGAGUACGUCCUGGGCAAGGUCUCGCCUGGCAAGAACUAUCGCAAUGUCCUGCGCCAGGGCAUGAACUUCGGUGCUGGUCGUGAUCACCUUGCACCUGUCAAGGAAUUGGUCAACUACAUUGAUGGAAAGGUCUUCAACAACAAGUGGUGA